AUGGGCCACCCAAUAAUAAUUGAAUUCCUACUGCUUCCUGCAUCUGGAAUUGGGAGUAAUAACCUGGGUCUUGCCUGCAAACGAAUUCCAGCCUUCCUUGUAGAGCAGUGGAUGAUCCAGUUUCUUCCUAAACGAUUGAUUACCGGCACUUACGUAGAUUUAUCAACUUUGUCGUCCGAAAUAAGCCUGCAUUGUGCGAUGUCAAUAUUAAACAAGAUUAUUUUCGGAGAUAAGAGUUGCAGAGUUGCUUCCAAGGCAAAGAGUCUGCGCUGUGUUUGUAGGCUGACAAAUCUUAGGGAUGCAAACGUUUUUUCAUCUUGCUGGUUCUCUCUGAACGCUAGUGAGCUUGACGACAAAAAAUCACACUUCAUUUCGACGGACUUUGGAUUCUACCUCAUUCGAGAUUUCUAUGAUGCUCUCUCUCUCCCUGAUGAUGUUCACACUACAACACGCAUGAAACGUCCCAAACGAACCUACUUGUGUAGCAGUCCAUGUUCACACACACACCGACAAGACACCGCUGAAAUUUGUACCUCUCGAACUUUCAGUCGCAUCAGCGCCAGCAGUGAAGAAUUCCUCGAUAUUUCAGUGACCUCGAUUUUGGAAGUUCCCACAACAGCUCCUACUGAGCUAAAUUUAAGUUCACUGCGUUACCUAUACAAUGGUACUAUGAGCCUGCCGAAUAAACGAAUGCACGAAGUUACCUGGAAGCUCUGCAUCUUCAACACCACGACCAACGACUCUCGCAUUGAAGGGUCGACCAUCGAAGCGCGAGAGCACCGCUGCCAGCAGCCCCUCCUCGUCCUCGUAUUGCCCUUUCGCUACCACUUCGCCCUCGAGAGCAUGCUAAAUGGUCGAAUCCCUCCGGCUGGCAUGGUGGAUGGUUUCACACUGGAGAUUGGGGCUAGCGGCUCAUUCUUCCCGCCCCACGUAAAACUGCCUGUGGUGGCCUACUUUUUUCAGCUAUCAGACGACGACAAAACCCCCUCGCCCUAUCUCGGUCACGUCGACCUCACCGGUCUCUCCAACAAACGUGGCUAUCACGUCCCUCGAAAGGGCUCCAUACAGCUGACGCUCUUUAACCCGUCAGAUUGUGUAAUGAAGGUGUUCGUGAUCCAGUACAAUUUGGAGGAUAUGCCUCCCAACAGCCAGACCUUUCUUCGUCAGAGAACCGUCUACAUGCCCGUCUCCCCAAGUGAACGCACCUCAGUGGAGAGCGAAUCUGCAAAGCUCCCCUCAGAUCUGGUGUCUUGUGUAUUCAAUGGGAAGAUCAGUGAGCCACAACGCCUCAAACUCCCAGCUGUCGGUACUGGUGGUGAAUCACUGCCUGUUUUCCUGAGGUAUCUCGUCCACUUACGAUUUCACACCACCAAGUCUAGUAAUCUGUAUCUGCAUACGGACAUUCGCCUUAUAUUUGCUCGAAACACCUUCGAAUUCGACCCGCGCGUGGCCGCGUACAGAAUGCGCUCGUUCCUUGACGGUCCCACGAAUCCGCGUUUCUCCCCCAAAGCCUGCUAA